UUGUUUUUGCGCAUAUGCCGCAAGUAUAGAAAAACUUGAUUGUGAAAACAACAACAGGGAGAGAAAGAAGAAAUCAAAGUUGUAAAAAAAUUUCGUUGCUCAAUCGCUCAAUUUUCUACUUGAUGUUUUUUUUUUUUUUUGCUUUCGUGUUAUGAAGAAUAUUUUUUUUUUUGUUGCUCCAAAUUGUCGAAUCAGAAUUUUCUAUUCUAACUAAUCAAUUAAUCAAUCAAUAAUGGGAUCGGAACCAAUCAAUCCAAAUCUAAUGGCUAUGAAUAUAUUUCAUGAUGAUUUUCCAUUACAAUUAUCAACGAUUACGAUGAAUAAAAAAAAGAAAAAAGAUUGUAAUAAAGAAUUUAUACGAAUACGGACAUCAUCAUCAACCGAUAAUGAUGAUGAUAACGUACAGCAACAAUGUGCUAUUUGUCUGGAAGAUAUACGUGAAAAAACACGAUUAUUACCAUGUUCACAUCAAUUUUGUCAAUAUUGUCUUUUUCAAUGGAUCAAUGUUAAAUUAUAUUGUCCUGUAUGUAGACAGAAUGUGGAAAAAUUAUUAUUUAAAAAUACAACUGCAAACAGUUAUGAUGAAGUUUUAAUCAAAUCAAAAUCAUCAUCAUCAUCAUCAACAACAACAACAACAACAACGACAACAAGAAUUCAUGAUGAUUUUAAAGAUUUUCUAUAUCAAACAUCAACAAUGUUGAAAAUAGGAUUGAAAUGUUUAUAUGAAUAUUUUACUAAUCAUGCCGAAUUGAAACAAGUAUCAAUGAAUAAUGAUGAUAAUAAUAAAUUGCCAAUCAUAAAUAUGGAAGAUUUUCGUCGUGGUCUUUAUGGUUCUUGUAGUAAUCGUAUUAUUUGGAUAUUUUUUCGUAAUAUGACAUAUCAAUAUAAUCUAUCACCAUAUAGAGAUAAUCAAACUAUUUGUGGAUUUACCACUGCUACUAAUAAUAUUUUUCGUGAUGUUACAUUGAAUUUUAUACGUGAAAAACCGGCAAUCAUUGCACGUAUUGUUGAAUUUGCAAAAUUUGAUUUGGAAAAUUUACAAAAAGUAUUAAAUUUUCAAAUCAAUACAUUUAUUUAUAGUGAAAUAAAAAAUUUAUUGUCCACAUACGAUAUAUCAAGCAGUGAAUUUCGUGUUAAUCUACGAUCAUUAUUACAAUCAUAUUGUCAAAAUAGUCCGGAUUUUUCAUAUAAAUUCUUUAUCGAAUUGAAUAAUUUUGCCCGUAGUAAUCGUACAACGGUCAUUGAUUAUGUACAGAAUACAUCAUAUAUAAUGCCCAAAAUGAAUAAAUUAUCAUCGACUGAAAUUAUAACAUUGACUGAAUCAUCAUCAUCAUCGUCAUCAUCAUCAUCUGAUUCCGAUAUACAGAUUAUUGGUACAAAUUCUGUGAAUAAACGUUCAAGAAAUGAUCAUAAUGAAGAUUUACUAUUAUCAACACCAGCAGGACCAAGUGGAUUGAAAAAAAAUCCAGUAUUAAAUACCAAUAAUAAAUUCAGAAACAGCCAUCAUUGUAAUGUAAAAAAUCGUAUUUAUAACAAAAAAGAUAUAAGAGAAAUGCGUCGUAUCAUACGUAAUGCAUAUAAUUCUGAAUAUUUCUAUAGAAAAUUAUUAUUGGAAAUUAAGAAAAAAUUUUACAAUUUUGAAACCGUACUCAAUUCACGACAUUUUCAACACUUGACUGAUUAUUUUAAAGAUGUAUUAUUAUCAUCAAAAUUAUAUCGUUCCAAUAAACUAAGCAGUACUGUAGCAUCGAAACGAACAUUGACCAUUGAUGAAAUUAAUCAACGUUUAAAGAAAAAUUCAUCGACAACAACACCGACAACAAGUUCAUUAUCACGUUCAUAUAGUUCAUCCGAUAGUAGUAGUAGUAGUAAUGGUGAUAAUAACAUAUCUGAUUGUCAAAUAAUACUCGAACAAUAUGAAUAUGCAAAUCAAACAAAAUUGAAUAAUCAAAUCAUGAAACAUGCAUUAUCACCAUCAUAUUCGAUUGCAAGCCAUCUAUUGAUGAUGCCACAAAUUAAUCAGAUACAAUUUGAAAAUCAUAUUUAUUCAGAAAGUGAUUGAGUUUUUUUUGUUCAUCAUCAUCAUCACCACCAUUGAUU